GUGUGUGUGUGUGUAGGUGGGGGGGCACUGCGGUGGGCGACACCCGGAUCAGUGAGGAGCCGAUGUGUGUGUGCGGGUUGGGGUGGGGGGAGGGGAGUCGGUGUGUCGAGUAGGGUCCGUGUGGUUGCUUAAAUUGAUCUGUAUUUUCCGCUUGCGUGUGAGAGAGUGAGAGAGAGAGAGAGAGAGAGAGAGCGGCAGUGUCUGGAGGCUUGUGCUUUCCGGGUAUGUGGUUAUCAGGAGCAAGUCUGUGGGAUCUCAAGGCUUUCAAGCUGCAGCAGUGAUUAACCGCUCCUUAUAUAAUAACACAGGACAGCAAGGAAGAGAUGGUCGGACAUAGAGCUGAAGCAUUAUAAUCACACCAGAACUAUUUAAAGUGUCAUCAUUCUCCUGAAAUAGAAGGCAGCAAAACAAGCUAUUGUGGAUCUAGAGGAUACCAAAGAAGAACAAUACCUGAAAAAACACCAUCUGGCUAUUGAGGCAAAUUCAUACAAAUAGGGACAAUAUUCACAAGAACUCGAAUAUUAUAUAAAUGAAAAAAAAUUCAAGAUAAAUUCUGAUACUUUUCAGUCUUUAACCUGCUAACUAAGCCUAUUGUGGAGAGGCAAACCUGACUCUUAUUAACCAGGGAAUCCAAGCAUUGCUCUUUCUAGAAAGGCCUGUAAAUUGACCAUCGUUUGAAAACUCCUUAUUUCAAGCCCUGCUCUGGGGGUUCCUUUGAAAUUCAACGUACUCCUCGCAGAAGAGAGAAGCUUUCUCAUGUUGUAGAGAAAAAUCUGUUGAAAUGGGGAAGUCCAACAGCAAGCUAAAGCCUGAGGUUGUGGAGGAACUGACGAGGAAAACCUACUUUACAGAAAAAGAAGUCCAGCAAUGGUAUAAAGGUUUCAUCAAAGAUUGUCCCAGCGGACAACUUGAUUCGGCAGGCUUCCAGAAAAUCUACAAACAGUUCUUCCCUUUUGGAGACCCUACAAAGUUUGCCACGUUUGUCUUCAAUGUCUUCGAUGAAAACAAAGAUGGGAGAAUCGAGUUUUCCGAGUUCAUUCAAGCUCUCUCAGUAACUUCAAGAGGGACUCUGGAUGAGAAGCUACGGUGGGCUUUCAAACUCUAUGACCUGGAUAACGAUGGCUAUAUCACCAGGAAUGAGAUGCUGGAUAUCGUUGAUGCCAUUUAUCAGAUGGUGGGUAAUACAGUGGAACUCCCCGAAGAGGAAAACACACCAGAGAAACGAGUGGAUAGGAUUUUUGCCAUGAUGGACAAGAAUGCUGAUGGGAAGCUAACCCUACAGGAGUUUCAAGAGGGGUCGAAAGCAGAUCCAUCCAUUGUGCAAGCACUUUCUCUAUAUGAUGGUCUAGUAUAGUCUCAGCCACCUCCUUUGUGCCACGAUGCUCAAGGAUGAAACGUCUUGGUGCCAUUUGAACAGUUCUGUGCAACAACUCGAAGGUCUAGCAAUCACUCGCUUUCACCCAGAUGUGGACAGGAGUGCACAGGCGUGCAAGCUGAGCUCUUUUGCUUGUCUCCAUUUGCCAAUCUGAGUUUUACCAACCCGAAAAGUUCUUCUAGACUCGAGAACUCUGUGGUAGACAAAUGCCUUGCUGUUCUUUGAAAGGACUCGAUUGACAGAAACAUUGACAUUUCCCUUUUUGUACAAUUUUAGACAGAAUUAAUUGCUCUCGCUAUGUUUAAUUUGGGGUGGGGGUUGGCUGCCCUGACAGGCUCCUUUAGUGUUUUAAACAAAGAUGCAAAAAAAAAUUGUGUUUCUGCAAUGGCUCAGAUUUUAGCAGCAAAUGUGGGGAAUUUUGAAUGUUUUGUGCUUAACGUGAAUUUUUUUAAUCAUGUUCAAGGUUUUAUUUAUUUAUUUACUCUUGUGAAAGUUGGUGCUGUACUGUAUUCUUGCUGUGUUAUUUUUUUUAAAAAAGUUAGUUUUCAAAUCACACUUGUAUCUUUCAACUAUCAAGUCGGGUUUUAAAGCCACAGUGAACAUCCCUUAUUUAUCGUUGUCGUGCCUGCUGUGCGAAGCAUCACAGAAUAUAUUUUGUAAUAAUUUCUGGAUUUCACGUUGCCUGGUGUCCUGGGUAAGCUGAGAUGAGGCAGAAGUUAGGGUGUGUUAUAGGGAGGUUAAUGUAUUUAAGAGUUCCGAUGUUAUGAAGCACAAAUGUUUUCUCACCCAAACUUUGAAUCCCAUUCCGAUUUCUGUUUUUGUGAGAGGAACAUUGUUCAUUUUCUUUUCGUAAUGUAAUGAUUGGCUUUUUUUCUGGAUGGCUGAUGUAUAUUAGCGCUGUGAUGAACUCUUACACGGUUCAUCCGGUGAAUUUUUGUGACAUUUUCUGUACCACGUGACAUGCUGUCGUGGCUCUAGAUUAUGCAUGUUUAGGGGAUGGGCCACCUUCCAUAUAACUAAUAUUCGAGAACUGAAUAAUGUUUCUGAACCUAUGAUUAGGCUUUAACGCCAUCUGUUAUUUUGUAAUAUACAUGCAUGCCCUUUUUAUUUUUUAACAAAUAUUUAUGUGAAAGGGGGAAUGCUUCAUCAAUGAUAAAGGAUAUAAAGGCUUGUGAUAUCAAGAGAUUACUAGAAAAAGCUUCUGUUCUCUUGCAGCACAAAGGAGAAAUCAUGUGAGCUAUCUUGUAAUUUUAUUGUUGGUUCAAAGACUUGAUGUAGGUACCACUGUCUUGAAUUAUUUAUUUUGCCUGUUUGCAUUAUGUCUGAACCUGAAUUUUUUGGAGGCCAUUUGUGUUAUCUAUCAAUUUUUAAUUUUUUUUAAAAAGUUUUAAAAAUUCCAAAAGUUUGAUGGAUCCUGAGGUAUGAGAUGAGGCGUCUGCUCUAAAAUGUGCUGUGAUGUGUAAUGCAUUUAUAAACUGCUGCUUUGCUUAAUGUUGGAAUGUGAAACACUCUAUAGUGCACAAUGAAUGCCUACUGCAUGGCUGCAAAUUACAGCACUCUGGAUGUGUCAAGUCCAGUGGUUUAUACUCUCCUGCAUGGAUCUCAGUCCAUCACUCACUUGGAUGGAGUCCAUGUCUAUCUCAAGUUUAAGCUGUUGCAGUUCUUACGUCUCCUCCUGCGAGUAGAAAAUCUCUUCUUCGACCAUCAACAAUAUGGCUUAAUCUGCC